AUGUCUAAACCUAAAAACUGGCCAGAUGGCUUCCCUUAUCUCAGGGCUCCUCUUCACGAUAAGAGUUUGACCCAAACACAGAUUCAGACUCUCAAAAGCAAACCCUCUCUGUCAAGCGACAUCCCCAUUAUCCCAUCAGCCUCAACAACAACGCCAUGUAACCUUGUCAAGAUUCAACCCAUCUCCGAACCUUCACAUCCAGCCAAUGGCCAAUGCGGUCUCUUUGCAGCGCAACAUCUAGCGCCUGGUAGUUUCAUCCUCGCGUACCUGGGCCGUGUACAUUCAGGCACCGCAUCGUCAACUGAGAGCGACUACGAUUUGUGGCUGGACCGCGAGAUGGACGCUGCGGUUGAUGCGGCGAAUGAAGGGAAUGAAGGACGCUACGUGAAUGAUUUUAGAGGCGUGGGAGAUAGGGCAAACGCAGAGUUUCGCACAGUUUGGUGUGAGAGAUGGGGAGAGUUUUGUGUGGGAGUUUGGGUUUUGGGAGGUGGAAAGAAGAAGAAGGGAGUUGGAAUCAAGAAGGGAGAAGAGAUUCUUGUCAGUUAUGGAAAAGGAUUCUGGGGUCAGAGACAGGUGCAGGAAUACGAACAUGACUACGAGCACGAGUAUCGAGGGGGCCAAGAAGAGGAGGGAGACGCUAAAGAGAGCAAGUAA